AUGUCGGGGCUCUUGGCCUAUCUGGCAUCCAAGCACAAUGUCGUCAACAUCUUCGACGACACCGUCAACCUACCUGCGCUCCCAGUGGAGCUAUGGGACAACAUCAUCCGCCUCGGCAUCACCGAUGAUCCGGUGAUCAUGGACGAGAAGUUGGACCUCAUCGAGUUCGACGAGGGAUAUUUCAACUUCUCCCAGAUCUGUCGUGGUUUCCGCGAGUCGGUGCACAAGUACUCCGCUGGUAGACUUGUCAUUCGUGCUGGUCGCGCAGUCCGAGCCGAUCUUGCUGCAGGUCAUUUCGGAGACUCUGUCGUCGCCCGUGAUGUUAGCGGGGCAGGAAACUACAGUCGAAUCAUCCCAUACAGCGUCUCCCCGGUGCCGAGCACAGAUCAUCCGAACCAAGCCGGGGUCAAGUUCCUCUUGCAGUACGCCACCCGGCUGCAGGUAGUGGCCAUCGAACUUACCCACCCAUCUCAAUUACUGGCAGUCGACGCCCAAGAGCAGUCCACCUGGGCCACGGUCUUGGAGCACCUCCGUGGUUUGGAGCAGCCCCUGGCGAAAUACUUCACCAAUAUGGAUUUCGGCUGGCGAGAGAAACCCCUAACGGUCAUCUUCAUGCCUCGGACACGGGUGGAAGACUGCGAUACCGAGAUUCUGCGCUUCGAGGGGUCGCCUGAUACACACUGGAAGUAUCAGCAUGUCCAGCAAGUCUGCGUCACCCUGUCGUAUCUCAGCAGUCUCGUCGACGAGAGACCUUCGAGCAUUAUGCGCAUUCCAGCCAUCCUGGCCGCGAAGCCCACUCUCCAGACUGUCACAAGCGCAGAAAUUGUGCAGCAUACGUACGACCUGGCUGCUUCGCUCAAACGUGCCUUCAUUAAUCAACCCGUCGGCAACACUGGCCAGGUGUACAGCGCCCAUCAUACCUCCUGGCACAGCGAUCUUGCUCAGUUCCAUUGCUUUGACCGAGGUUGGCAUGACGGCUCUGACUGGACGCCUGCUUACCUGGUUCGCAACUUGCAUGAGAUUCCCUUCCUUACUGCUGGCAAUAUUCCCAUUGCAAAUACUGGCAGCUUCGCCAUCAGCAAGGUUAUCCUGUCCACCAAUACCGUCAUCGGGCAGUGGAAGUCAGAGCACGGUGUCCUCGGCCAAGCAUCGACAUAUCUGUCGCAGCUCUCGAUUUACCCACAAGGUGUUCCUGAACUGGAGCGUCGCUAUGGUGACCUACAUCGCCAGCUCGCGGCCUUUCGAAAGCUGCUGAGUCCUCCAAAUCGACUGCCUGCAGAUCUCAAGGUUUUGCGUGACGGCCCAAUCACAGAUUGGUAUGAUAAAGCCAACAUUUUCAAAAGCCGGGUCGAUUACUUUGUGAAGGAGUUGCAUGAGGCUCAGUUGCGCCAAGGUCGGGCACAGACUUCGACCAUGAUGGAUGCCUGGAUGGUGGAGCGCGAGGAUGGUUUGGUUGAUCUCGCUGCCGAGCUGGAUGCUGUUGAACUGGCGGACGAAGUCUAG